AUGGGGCAAGCCAGCGCGACUCACGUCGACCCCGAACAGGGGACAAUGCUACAAAUGGCAGAGGCAGUCCCGGGACUCCCUGGGCUCUUUCCCUUUCGAGCAGAGUGGCUGUUCGACUGGCAUCUCGUCCAUCCCGCAUGUUGGUCGCAGACCCCAUCACUUUCUUUGAACAAGAUUCCCUCCGAAUUCAGGGUGAAUGGCAAGAGCGAUGUCGUCGGGGAGAUAAGAGGCCCACCUUCGAGCCGAGCGAUGAGAUUUUACGCUUUGCUGGUCCUCGUCGCGGCGGGCUUGUCCGCCAUCGCCAGCGCGCAAACCAUGCCAACAUGCGCAAGCGAUUGUCUCACGACCCAUCUCGAAAACUCGCCGUGCGAUCCCACCGAUUUCGAGUGCAUAUUCGUUGAAGCUCUUUGUAUGUCGACCACCCGAGGACUUGACCUUGGAACAAGCCAAGCUAACCCGCCCGAAGCUGCUCGAAAUGCUACGGCCACGAUUUGUAAAGAACCCGUCCGGGACAAGAGCUUGGUGGCACCGAUUGCGACGGCGAUAUCUGGUGGAUUAGCUCUCGGAUUCGUUCUGCUUCGGGUCUACGAGUGCAUGAUCCGAGAAGAAUACCAAUGGGCCGAUCUCAGCGCCGUGCUCGCCAUGGUGUUUUCGAUUCCUAUGGAUGUGUUCGAAUUCUUCAUGAUGGCCCAUGGAAUGGGUAAGGACAUAUGGACCCUAACACCAGAGAGUAUUACGAAUGUUGUCAAGUACACAUGGGUCACACAAGUGAGCUACAUACCGGCGAUCAACCUCACAAAGAUAGCCAUCAUCUGCUUCUUCAUUCGGGUCUUCCCGAACAAGACAUUCCGCCACAUCUGCUACGGAACAAUUGUGCACUGCUUCCUGUUCAUGGUUUCAACGACAAUCACUGCCAUUCUCGCUUGUGUUCCUGUCGCCUAUGCAUGGUCCGCAUGGUCCGGCACCGGUGAGGGCGUUUGCUACGAUAACAAUGCCUUCUGGUGGGCGCACUCGGCCAUCAAUAUCGCGACGGACUUGUGGAUUAUUGCUCUUCCAAUCCCACAGCUUCUGAAGUUGCAGCUCUCCACGAAAAAGAAGAUCUACUUAAUCCUCAUGUUUAGUGUUGGCAUCAUCAUCACCGUCGUCAGCAUCAUCCGCUUCUCUGGUUUGAUCACAUACUCAACGUCGUCAAAUCCAACCUACAACAAUGUCAUGGUUGCAACAUACAGCGUUAUCGAGUGCAACGUGUCGAUCAUGUGUUGUUGCAUGCCUUCAACCCUCUCCUAUCUCCGCCGCGUCUUCCCCCAAGUCUUUGGCAGCACGAGCCACACGGCAGAUUACAAGGGAAGAAGCUACAACUUUGGCAAAUCCCCAUUACCAAGCAACGCGAUCCAGAAAAGUGUCACGCAUACGGUUUCAUACAUGCCCCGGGCUGGAGAUUCGGACGUGGUUGAGUUGAUGGACAUUGAAGAGAACAAGCCGGCAAAAUAUAACCAGUGGUAA